CGGUGUCUCGGAGCGCGGAGGCGGGGCCUGCGGAGCGCGGAGGCAGUGGCGGUGACAGCGCGGCUCGGCUCGGCCCCGAUCCGGUUUCCCUCCCAGUCCCCUCCCGAUCCCUUCCCGGUCCCCUCUCCGGUCCCCGCCGCUGCUGCCACCAUGGGCCUCACGGUGUCCGCCAUCUUCUCCCGCAUCUUCGGCAAGAAGCAAAUGCGGAUCCUGAUGGUGGGGCUGGAUGCUGCUGGUAAGACCACCAUCCUCUACAAGCUGAAGCUGGGGGAGAUUGUCACCACCAUCCCCACCAUCGGAUUCAACGUGGAGACAGUGGAGUACAAGAACAUUUGCUUCACCGUCUGGGAUGUGGGUGGCCAGGACAAAAUCCGACCCCUCUGGAGACACUACUUCCAAAACACACAGGGUCUCAUCUUUGUGGUGGACAGCAAUGACCGAGAGCGAGUGCAGGAGUCUGCUGAGGAGCUGCAGAAGAUGCUGCAGGAGGACGAGCUGCGGGACGCGGUGCUGCUGGUGUUCGCCAACAAGCAGGACAUGCCCAACGCCAUGGCGGUCAGCGAGCUCACCGACAAGCUGGGGCUGCAGACGCUGCGCAGCAGGACUUGGUACGUGCAGGCAACGUGUGCCACCCAGGGCACGGGGCUGUACGACGGGCUGGACUGGCUGUCCCACGAGCUCUCCAAGCGCUAAGCCUGGCACAGUGGCACGAGGACCAGAUCAGCUGGGCACAUCUCUUCCAACUGCUGUUUGUUUGGUUGUUUUGGGGGGUUGAUUUGGUUUGGUUUUGUUUUGUUUUUUUUUUUCCUUUGGUCUUCUUUAUCUCCCUGGGGUGGGGUGGGAGGGGUGUUUGCUUUUGGUCUGGUUUUGUUUUGGUUGGUUCCUUUCUCCUCAGCUGUGGCCUCGUCUAUCUCUCUCUCUCUCUCUCUCUCUCUCUCUCUCUCUCUCUCUUGUGUUUAUCUGGUAGGACUUGAACCUCAAGGAAGGACUUCUUUGGGCCAGCUCUGUAUCAUGGUGGUCCUUGCCUUCCACCCCCCAGCAGUGCUGGCCUCCCUUCCCCACCUGCAUGUGCUGUUUGAAAGAGCUUGCCCAGACCUUCUCCCUGGGUGGCAUGUCCCCAAGUUGUCCUCACCCAAAGCUGGUGGGGCUGGGACCAGGAAGGAUCCUCCCUUGGUUUUUGUUGGGUUUGGGUUUUUUUUUCUUUCUCCUCCUUGGAUAGACUUUCUUAGACCUCUUCCUCUUGAGGAGGGGAAUGGGUGAUGGCUGAAGAAGGUUGCUGUUGUACAUUGAGUGAUUAAACACCACCACUUCGUACCCUG